AUGCCUGAUCAGGACAAAAAGCUGAGGAGCACAGAAAAAGCAACAGACAAAAAGCCUCCUGGGAUCUCUAUGAGGGAUUAUUCUGAUCUAAAAAGCCUUCAGUCUCUCUUAAGUGUUCAGUCAAAGAACCAAGAGGUUCCAGCUAUAUAUAUUGAAAGCGGUCAAACCAGUGUGAGAAGAACUUGGCAAAAUGUCAAAAUCAAUUAACAAAAGUCCAGUGGUCAAUGGCAAGAAUCAACAGAAGCUGUUGAGCUUGAAAAAUUUAGCAUGACCUACAAGAAUGAGAGAAAUUUUAGCAAACAUCCCAAGCAUCAGCUGUUUCAAGAUAUCUUUACAACUUUAGUUAAGGAUAGUUACCUGCAGGAAAUGCUCCACAGCCUGGGUGGAAUUGAAAGUCUAGCUCAGCUAGAAAUCCCCAUAUAUAUGGAAACAGUAGCGAAUCAUUAUCUUAAUUAUGGAGAACAGCAGCAGAAUGUAGACAAGUUGAUCAACAUGACAUUUAAGUGCAAUAGCUUUAGAUGUAAGUUAGAAUUUGAAUGUAGACAGGAAGAUGAUGAAAUUCAAUUACAUUUAAGGAUAAUUUUAAAUUCAUAUAUGAAUCCAAAUUCACAUGUUUCAUUAAAUAUACAUGGAGCUUCUUUGCUUCAAGUGGAAAUGGAUAUCCUUAUCCAUAUUUUCUAUAGGAAGCUCACAGCAGAGUUGCUAUGACUCCUUUGUGCAGAAUCACAAGGCAAAGAGCAAAUAAAAAUGUAUAAAGGAAUUCCAGUCUUGCUCACUUGACUCCAUUCUGAUCACAUCAAACUUCUAUGGAGUAUAGUUUGGAUUCUGGUACAGGUCUGUAAAGAUCCUGAGACUAGUGUGGAAGUUUGGAUCUGGGGUGGAAUCAAGUAGCUCCUUCAUAUAUUACAGGGGCUUGGCAAGAAUCAACACUCUUCAGCUGGAAGUUUAUCUGGUGCAAAUGCAGCAGGGAGAAUCCAGGAUCUUCAUUUGUCAGAUGAGCUGAGUUCUGAUGAGAUACAAGAAAGUAUUUUCUCACUUCAAGCAGCCUUGGCAGCGAUCUGCAGUAAUUCUGGAGCAGACAGAAUGUGUUUGACUCAAUGGCUGUACUGCACAGCCCAAAACCUAAGCUUAACCAUAUAUCUGUUUUAUCUGAACAUUGAUUUUUAUUUGUGGUUUGCAUGUAAAGGGGCACUAUUAAUGCUAAUUUUUUUCUGUUUCCAGGCAAAUGGAAUACAUGCAAUAGCAAAGCUGAUUUUACAAGAAAGGAAUGCUGAAAAAGCCAGUUUAUUACAGUUUAUGAGAUUGUACAUAGUCAUGGAGCUUACAGUGGGGGUGCUGUUGGGAGAUCACUCUUACUCUUUGAAAGAAAAGCAACAACAGUUUAUAGAAGACAGAUUAUGGUAUAUAUUUAUCCAAGUAAGGACCUCCAUUCUUUUUGCCAGGAUCUUCCUACAUGUAAUUAACAGCACCAUGUUUUUAGCUGACUUCGGGCUUGCAAAGCAAAAGUAAGAAAACUGAAAACUUGCACCAGUAGUGGCAAGCAUCCUAUACUCAUGUCCUGAAGUUGUAAAGGGUGAGUUGUAUGGAGAGAAGGUUGAUGUUUGGGCUGCAGACAUCCUUUAUCAGCUGGCCACUGUGAACCCACCAUUUUACAGCACCAAUAUGCUUUCUUUUUUUUUUCAGAUAGUAGGGUCUGUGUAUGAACCUGUGCCAGAAGGACUGUACUCUGAAAAAGUAUCAUUUACCAUUAAGAGCUGCUUGACUCCUGAUGCAGGGACACAUCCAGACAUAGUGGAGGUCAGCUCACUGCUGUCUGAUGUGAUGAUGAAUCUGGAUAUUUUAUCCACCUCUCAUCUCAUGUUGGAGAAGAAACUGGAUUGGGAGAGGAGACAAACCUCCCGAUACUUCAUGGAGGCCAAUUGAAAUGCAGUAACCUAUCACCCUCAGCUUUCCAUUUUAUGUCAGAAAAAUGAUGAGAAGUUGAGUCUGCAUAGUAGCAGCAGUAGACCAGCCAGUUGAAAAAGUGAAUUUUCAGAAAAUACUAACUUUCCAGUUGACAGUUGUCAGUCUGCACAUGGAAAAGAUGAGGAAACAUAUGAAGCAAUUGUGGUAGAGGAUGACAGGACUAUGGAGAAAGGUAUUUUCUCUGAAUUAGACAAUGAGAUAGAUAGAGUGGACAAUUCAAGCAGCUCCAGUUCAAGUAAUUUGAAAGAGUCUGCUAUUAGUAUAAUUAAACAAAGUUUUAGUGCUUCUGAAAAACAACCUCAGAUAAGAGAUUAUGUUGACAGUUCUGGAUCGAGACUUCGAUCAGCAUCGGCAGGAAUUGCUGUAUCACAAAGGAAAGUGAGUCAGAUCAGUGACCCUGUUCAGCAGAUUCUUAUUCAGCCGCACAAAAUUAUCUUCAUCACUCAACUUCCUCCAGCUUUGUGAUGCAAUUUGAAAAGGAGAAUCAUUGAGAGAUUCAAGAAGUCCCUUGUCAGUCAGCAGAGCAAUCCUUGAAAACUGAAAUCAGAAAUCAAAAAGGUCUGCUGCAAUUCUCCUGAAUUGAUUAAACCAAAUAUCUUCACAGCAGAUUGGCAGGGCGGAAAUAUAUUGCUUCCAGAUGAUAGAAAAGGCAUUCUUGGCACUUCUGGUGUAGCAGAAGGGAUGACAUAUAAGCAGUUGCAGAUUCUAAUUGAGGAGGUUCUAGAGGAAAGUGGUUAUUGCAGUUUCUUUCCUAACAGAGGCAUUAUCACCAUCUCCGAUUGGUUCAGCCUUGGCCAGCAGCAGUCCUGGAGCCACAGGCAUUGGCUCUGUCAGACAUAG